CCGGGCCGGGCGGAGCUGCGCGGGCGCGGGGCAAUGGCGGAGCCGCUGUGGCGAACGCCGCCGGCCCGGCUGGCCCCGCCGCACGUCUACCGCAUGGCGGGCGCGCUGGGCGCCGAGCUGCGCCGCCUCUCCGCCCGCUUCGGGCCCGACGCCGUGGCCGGGCUGGUGCCGCCCGUGGUGCGGCUGCUGGAGCUGCUCGAGGCGCUGGUGGCCCCGCCGGGCGCUGAGGGGGAGGCGCCGGCAGCGCCGGCCGGGCCGCAGGAGGCGGAGGACCCGGAGCAGAGGCUGUGGGAGGCCGAGCGCCGGGAGCGAGCCCUGUACGGCCGCCUGGCCUGCCUGGAGGAGCAGAACCGCCAGCUCCUGGGGCAGCUUGCUGAGAGCCAGUCCCAGGAAGACAGCACGGCACGGAAGGAGCGGGAGGUGAUGCUGCGGCUGAAGGAGGUGGUGGACAGGCAGAGGGAUGAGCUCCGUGCCCAGGCCCACGAGAUCGUCUGCAAGAGCCGGGACACGGAGGCGCUGCAGGAACAGCUCCAUCGCUUCAUGACCAUGAACGAGGAGCUGCGGCACAAGGUGGCCGUGGUGCAGGCCCAGCUCAAGAGUGCUCUGGAGCAGAAGUCAGACCUGGAGGCUGCCAUGCUGCAGAGCCAGAGGGAAACGAGCAGGAGAAACAGGACAGCCCUGGAGAGCCAACAGCCAGAGCCUGGUGUGGAGGGAGCCCUGUCACCCUCAGAGGAGCCACAGCACCAGGAUGGGGACAGGAGCCCUGCUCACUGCUGCUUCUCCAAGGAAGAGCUGCAGCAGAUCCUGCAAGAGAGGAAUGAGCUCAAGACCAACCUGUUCUUGGUGCAGGAGGAGCUGGCCUAUUACCAGAGGGAGCUGCUGAACGAGGAGAGAAUUCCCAGCUUCUUCCUAGAUGCAAUGAAGUCAAAUAUCAAAAAACAGAGGAAAAAAAUCAGAGCUAAAAUGCUGGGAACAACAGAGGAGUCGGCGAGCAGUGAUGAAGAAGAGGGCUCCUGGCUCCCAGGUCAUGGCACAGACUGUGUGGAUGCUCAGCCUCCAGAAUCCAAAAUUAGGAGCUUCCCUUAUCUGCUCUCUCUGCAGUUUUGGGCUGUGGUAUCAGGGCAGCAGCAAAGACCCCCCCACAUCCAGCUGCUCCGGCACCUGGGAAAUCAUUGACUCACUGGACACACAGCUGGAGCCAGAGGGAGAGAGCAAGGCAGGGUCCAGCUGCCCUGACAGAGCCACAGCACCCCUCUGACCCCACGGGAACGGGAGCAGGAUCUGUCCUCACAGCAGAACUUCUGGAUCCUCUUCUUCCAGUGGAUUCAAGAGCAGCACAGCAGCCCUGGCACUUCCCAGUGCUGUGGUGGUGGCAAAGCCACAGCAUGGGCAGGUUCCUGCAAACCCACUGGGACACUUGGAUGUGGGCUGCCAGCCUGGCCUGGGACAGCUCAGCACCUCUGGGCAUCUCUGCCCACCAGUCACCCUUUCACUGUGCCCACAGCUUAGCUACAGCUGGGCUCAGUGUGCCCCACAGCUGUGCCCCCUUCCCACUGCUCCCUGCUUGCAGCUCAGCAUGGUAGGGGUCUGCACCCUCUUAUUCUCCACACCCCAAAAGGGAUCUUCCCAUCCCCUGGUGGCUCUUUGCAAACCCCUCUGCUCACAGUCCCACGAUUCUAUUGCUCCAUCCUGCUCUGUGUGUUUGUUUUACCUCACCCCUUUGUGUCUGUAGCUUCCCAAUCCCUGCAAUGUGAAGAUCCCUUUGGGGUGUCCUGGGGUCCCCACACGGCUGGGAGGGGCUGAGCACACUGCACUGGGUGUCCAGGUGCUCCUGUGGCUGGGAGCUGUCAGGAUCAGCACCACCAGGGCCACUCCUGCACUUCUCAGGCAUGGGGUGAAUCAGUUUUGUACUGGCACCUCUUCCUGCCACCUCUGGGACCUGGCAGACUGGAACAAUCCUUGUGUUCAUGGGGGCAUCAGUCCCCUCAGAUCAGGUACUUUCUACCUUUAAUUUGGAAAUAAAUCAGUCUCUUAUUUUUCCUCUGA